AUGACAAGGUUAUCAUUACUCAUCUGUAUUAUUUUCUUGUUCUGUUUGAGAGGAGUUUCUGCUGGAUGGAAAGAUAUAUUUAAUCCAAAACCAAUCAAUGGAAUAUCUGGACAGUGUCAAAAUGACACGAACACUUGGAUGAAAUCUCUGCAGAUUUUCGCUACAGUUUCAACAGAAUGCAUUGUUAUGAAUAAAUGUACACUGAAAGAAUUGAAGAUUAUUGAAGAGAACUUGUAUGCCGUUCAACAAUUCGAUGCGUGGGGCCAAUUUCCAUCACCAGGUCUUCUCGAAAUCAAGACACUUUAUGAUGGAUCUAAUCAAGAAUGUGAACGAAUCAGCGGCAAAAAAUACGACACAAACUACUGCUACAUGCUUAUUAGACCUGGAAAGAAUGCUUCGUGUGCUGUUUCUAAUUCUACUUCUCUGUAUUCUGCCCUACCUCUUCGGAUCGCUACAUGCCUUCCAAAAUCUUGUGAUCAUCAAGAAAUGAUCAAUAUAUUCAAUCAAGUGUCGCCCUAUCCAUUCACUGCUUGCGCUGCUUUCUGUGUCAAGAAUGAGGUGAAAAAGGACUCCGCAUUCUGGGGAUUCUCAAUCUUUCUAAUGGUAGUAUCAGCCAUUGCUAUUCUUGCUUCAUCAAUUGACUACAUUCGUGAAACUGCGUUUGGAAUCUCUAGUGUGAAAGAGAAGAAUGUUUUUAUGAAAAUUCUGUUGUCCUUCUCCUUAUGGACGAAUGCAGAACUUCUCUUAUCUGUGAAGGAGCAAAAACCCGGUUUUAUCAAAUCUCUGGACUGCAUCCGUCUUCUAUCAAUGUGCUGGGUAGUCACCGGACAUUCAUUUCUGUAUUUCAUUCUUGCUGAUACGUUGGAACCAGUGAUCAACUUCCCCAAACAUUUCUGGAAUCACUUACUGCUCAACGCGUUCGUAUCAGUCGACACAUUUUUCGUGCUCUCUGGAAUUGUCGUCGCCUAUUUGUUUUUCAAAACCAAGCCAAGCAAGAAAAUGAUCUCGAAUCCCAUCACAUGGAUUUUAUUCUACAUUCACAGAUACCUGAGAUUAACCCCUCCGAUCAUGCUCUUCAUUGGAUUUUUCACAGUCUAUGCCCCGUAUAUUCAAGGAGUGUUUUCGGCUUCUGAGCUGAAUGGAAUGUACCCUCAAAUCGAAGCGUGCAAAACCUACUGGUGGCAAAACUUACUUUAUAUCAAUAAUUUUGAUAAAAGUGACAACAAUCAAGAUAGUACUUGUUACGGUAUUACUUGGUACUUGGCAGUGGACACUCAACUUUAUCUUGUCGCUCCGAUUAUUUUGGUUGUUUUGUAUUUCUCAUUUGCUGCUGGAACUGCUGUAAUUGUUACUGGAUGUGUUGGAAGUAUCAUUGCAACUUACAUUUUAUUUGGAAUUUAUGACGUGCCAGCUGAUAUCAUCGGAAAUGGAAAUCAAAACAACUUCUUUGACAUUGCAUACUCAAAACCUUGGAUUCGCUGCCCACCGUAUCUCGUAGGAAUUCUCACUGGUUACCUGCUGGCUACCUACGGAAACAGAAAAAUCAGAUUGAACUGGGCGUUAUCUGUUGGAGGUUGGAUUGUUGCAUUCGUGAUUGCAGGCGGUUGUCUCUUUUCAACUUACGACUAUGACAAGGGAGCACAUUGGAGCACGUUCACAAGAGCUACAUUCUAUAAUUUCCAUCGAUUGGGAUGGGGAGUUUUUGUUUGCUGGGUUGUUGGUGCAAACCACAUGGGAUGGGGUGGACCAAUCAAUAACUUUAUGUCUCACCCGAUUUGGCAACCAUUCGGAAGACUGUCGUAUUGUGCGUAUAUUGUUCAUUGGAUGGUGUUGUUUUACUACUUGAAUGUUGGAGGAGUCGUUGUUCAUUAUUCAUCUGCAUGGGAAGUGUUUAUUUACAUCGCAAUCCCAGCAACUCUACUGUCAUAUGUACUUGCUUUCUUCUGGAGUUGUUUAUUCGAGGUUCCCAUUUUGAAACUCGAGAAGAUGCUUAUUGAAUCAUUAAUAGGUGGAGUUGGACGAACAUCUCUCAAAGUUGACGAGACAGCAACUCCGCUCUCUGAAAACUUGAAAGGAAAAGUUUCACCGAUUCUCGAGAAGAAGAGAGAAGAAGCAUCUGCAUGGGAUAUAGAAAUAGAAGAAGGAAAACUAGAAGACGUGAAACUAUGA